GCCGCCGCCCCGCCCCGCCCCGCCCCGCCCGCGGGGCCGCGCUCGCCGCCGCUCGUCGGCGUCUGCGCGCCGGCUCGGCUCGGCUCGGUUCGGCCCGGCCCGGCUCGGCCCGGCCCCGCGCGGGCAGCCAUGGCCGCCUCCCUGUUCUGCUGCCUGCGCUGGUGCGGGGACGGCGGCGGCGGGCACAUCCCGCUGAAGGAGAUGCCGGCGGUGCAGCUGGACACGCAGCACAUGGGAACAGAUGUCGUCAUUGUCAAAAAUGGCAGAAGAAUAUGUGGCACGGGAGGCUGCUUAGCCAAUGCACCUUUGCAUCAGAACAAGAGCUAUUUUGAGUUUAAAAUCCAAUCCACAGGGAUUUGGGGUAUUGGAGUUGCAACCCAAAAAGCAAACUUGAAUCAAAUUCCUCUUGGUCGAGAUGUCCAUAGUCUGGUGAUGAGGAAUGAUGGAGCUCUCUAUUAUAACAACGAGGAGAAAAAUAGACUGCCAGCAAACAACCUUCCUCAGGAGGGGGAUGUGGUGGGCAUUACAUAUGAUCAUGUGGAAUUAAAUGUGUAUUUAAAUGGGAAGAACAUGCAUUGUCCAGCUUCAGGAAUCAGAGGAACUGUCUAUCCAGUGGUAUAUGUUGAUGACAGUGCCAUUCUGGAUUGUCAGUUCAGUGAAUUUUAUCAUACACCUCCACCAGGGUUUGAAAAGAUCCUCUUUGAGCAGCAAAUCUUCUGAAUGUCUUCAUACUGAAAACCUGCACCCUGCACUGUUACAAAAGCUUUGUCAUCUUAAAUAAAGCUUCAUGUUACCUUUAGGAAACAUACCUGUAUUUUUAGUAAGUACUUGUGACUGUUGUCUGCAGAACAAAUGCGUUAACUGCAACACCAGAUGACCGUGUUGUAAAAUGCUAGGUUUCUGACAAUGUUUUGUGGAUGAAAAUCAGUUAUUCAGGGCAGGAUAUUUUCUUCUGAUUUGUACUUGAUGCAUAAGGAAACUAAGGGAUAUAAUUGACAUCAGUAUUAAAUUCAGUAUUUUGAAUCAACUUGGGCUCUGUAAAGUAAAUCAUUCUCAUGCAUGUGAUAGCUAUGGAGAUUGAUAUUUCUUAUGAUUUUUCCUGAUUUUUCCACACAGAAGUUAUAUACUUUGUUAAAAAGAAGGACUGUGUUUCUAGUCUGUGAUUUGGAAUUGCAGUGUCCUUGUUGUGCUCCAUGACUAGUAAUACGACGGCAUAACAGGCAGCUAAUCUUUUUUUCUUUUGCAAGGUGUAAUUUAUCCGUUCCCUCAACCUUAACAUGGCAAGUGUAACUUCACAUAUUUCUCCUAGCUUUUCAUUUGCUUUGACUGUGACAUAUAAUAGGGCACUUUUUAGUAAUAGUUCUAAUAUUAUUUUGCUGAACCUUAAAAAGUAAACCUGAAUACUAGAUGUAUUUUUGAGGACCAUCAUGCUGUGUCACUCUGGUAGCAGAGUAUGUAGAGAUUGCUCAACUUGGCAAAGAGACAAGUGAAGGGUGUGAGAUGUUAUGGUGAAGCCUUACGUUUAAACUGUACAUCAGAUUAUUCUUUUAUGGAAUAUCAUAUUUGAUUUCUUUAUGAAUCAUUUAUAAAUGAUUAAUGGCUAAGACAUUGUUCUAAAAUGUGAUGCCCAUAAAUAUAAAUUAUUUUCCUCUUGUCGUGUAUUUAAUAUACUUCCUAGAAGACUUUUUAUUGUAAAGAAAAUCUUCAUACUGAAUGUUUGGUUUUGUUUUGGCUGUUCCUGGGUUAAUGCUUUUACAUGAACGAAUAACUUUAUUUAAAUAAUUUUUAGAAAUUAUUCUGAAAUUUUCAAAUAUAAACAACUUUCUCUAAGCCUUUCACCUUAUGAUUUUCUGCAUCUGUUCUAAGAGUCUUUUCAUUCUCAGAGGCCCAAAUUCUCUUUCCUUUUAGCCUUGCUUUCACAUAACAAUAUGGAGUAGAAAUUUUCAACCCAAAAGGAAUGUUGCCCUCUUCAGAAUUAUGAUAGAAAGAUAGGGGAAUUUGGAGUGCAAUUUUGUAGUCUUCCCUUGAAAUCUGCUCUGCCUGCUGUGGUCAGAGACAUCAUCUGCAUUAUAUGAAACAUGCAUCUUUGAGGUGAUGUCACUAUACUAGUUGACACAUACCAUAAUGUUUCUGUAAUCAAGCUUGUCAACUCUUUAAACUUUGAAUGAUUAUUUAUUCUUUUUUAUAUAUGAAGGGAAUGGGAAGGCGUCUGCCCUCUUUCCGUUUGAUAUCUUUGAACAAUGCCUUGAACAGUGGUUCUUUGCCAUGAAAGACUACUGAGAUGAAAGUGCUUCUUAUGGAAUUAAACUUCUCGUGUUCCAAGGAGGAAGUAUUUAAAGAAAUUCUUAUCACUUCAUCUAACUGCAAACAGCAAACAACUUUUUUUGAAGUUUGAUAUGUUUUAGAAUAUUUAGCUUGAUGUAGACUUGGAAAAAGAAUUCAGAUUCUGCUUGAAAAUACAAAAAAGGCUGCCUUCUUCAAAGUUGAAGGUUUGAAAUGGAAAGCAUUUUGGUAAAUAUAAAAUAUUCAAAACAGCUGUUAAAUUGACCAAAAAUAUGAGAAAAGCCUGUUUUUACAGCUCAGAUAUUUGCUUAUUUCUCAUUUUAAACAGUGUAAGAAUGCAUUUGUCAUACUGCAAAGUAUAACUAUACCUCUUGUUUAAAAAACAACCUUUCGUUUAUCAUUGGUGACACAGACAAUCUGUAUAAAAUAAUGGAGAUGAAUACAUGAUUAUUACCAUCUAUUUAUGAAAAUAGUAAGACAGCACGUUUUUCACCUGAAAAUAAGUUGUGUGGUGAUAUUUCAUAAAAGAAGCAAGGGUACAGUUAAUGCCAUUUUACAGGUAAGAAAACUGGGCUUUAGAAAUAGAAAAUGGAUUUACCUGUGUCUCUCAGCAUGUCAUUUCAACAUUUGGCAAUAAAACCAGCAUAGUGUGUUCCCAGUCCAGCUUUGCCCAGAGAAAUGAGAUACAAGAUAUGUUUCUAAAAAUUGCACUAGAAGGUCAUUUUAAGUUAAAGAUUUAGCAAUAUAUUUAUCAGUAGCAAAGGUGUUUUAAUAAGAAUGAAUCAUGCUUCCCAGUGAAAUUGUUGAGGUAUUUCCACUAAUUGUUUGUACCCAAAUGGUUUCUUAAUCUUUGAAUGUUACAAUAUGGAUACCCGUCUCAUGAGUGCAAAACUUUGUAUUUACUAGAACUGUAUGUUUUCUGAAUCUUUUGUGAUUAUACUGUGGCAGCAAGGUAUGAAGUCUGGUUCUGUGCAUGCACAAAUAAAUAGAACUGACAGGACACACAA